AUGGCGGUUGUCGAUACCGAAAAUAAAUCAGAUUUAAGACAACUUUUCCAAAAUAUAUCACCAUACUUUACUCCAGAGGAAUCAGAAGAUGUUGUACUGUCAUUUAAACAGAAUUAUGGGGGGAAAUUCAACUCUCUAGACGAUUGCGAUCUGCUGAAGUGUUUUCAUCUUCUUGAAGAGAAUGGGUAUGUAUCUGAAAACAACCUCAAACUAAUCGAAGACUUCGUUGCUUUGAAAUCGAGAGGAGAAGAACUCAUUAAGGACGCUAUGAAAAAUUUUAAGGCCUCUCGUCCAGUAAAAGCUGAUCCAGAGAAGAAAUUGCAGGGACGGAACGAUGAAAUCACGAAAAUCAACCGAAAACUGGCAUCAAAAGAUUCUGCAGCUUUAAACUUGUUUGGAUCGUCUGGUUUGGGAAAGACAAGACUUGCUAAGGAAGUUUGCUCACAAUGGCGUGGAACAUAUUAUGUCUUUGAUCUUAGAGAAGCAAAGGAUAUGAGAGCGAUUUAUUACAACAUUCUACAUUCUCUCGAUCUAGCUGUUCCAGUUGGUUACAUUGAACUAAAGAAUGUUGUGGCAAAAGUUCAAGAGAAAAUAAGAGAGUUGCAGACGAAAAAAGAGGGACAUGGUGUUCUGUUUAUGCUGGAUAAUGUGGAUCGAUUUACCGCAGGACAAAGAAAGGAGGGAAAGAACUUGAAAACAGCUUUUAUACAAUUUUUAGAAAAGCUUCUAGAAACCAAAGAAAAAGGGUCUCCCUUGAAACUUUUACUUACAUCAAGGGCUCAGUUAAAAGAUUCCAAAAAGGUGGAAGAUUUUGAAGUCAAGUCCCUGAAAAGAUCUUUUUCGGAGAAAAUCCUCUUUCCUAAGGGGAUGAAUGAUGUCCAACCCCACCAGAUGGAUAAAUUUUUAAUACCACCAAAGGAUCUCCCCUUUUUCUAG